AUGUGCUCCAAGUGUACAGCUUCAUAUCUCGUACUUGUUAUCUGUAUCAGUUCAGUUAUAGAUAUAUAUAACGUUUUAUCAACACGACAAAUAAGUUCGGUGGGGAAUAGAUCAAUGUCAUUCGCGAACAUUUGGGGUUCACUUUUUUUUUAUGUACACAGAUAUACUUAACGUUCACGUAUUUACUUGAAAACUUACAAUAAUUAUUUUGUGAAUAUUUGCGCUCUUCUCUGCAAUUAUGGCGACAAAUAAUCCUGGGAUAACUUUUCAAUUGUCUGAUACAAUUACAGCAUGGAUGAAAUUCUUAGAAGUGUACAUUAAUGCACCAGCAGUGAGCAAAAGUGUGCGACAGAUACAGUACUUGGCUAGCACAAUAACAAACGAUAAUAAGAUAGCUUGGUUAUUAAGAGCAAUAACUUUCACGGAUUUGACUACUUUGAGUGGUGAUGAUACUAGUGGUCAUGUGGAAAAUCUAUGUAAAAAGGCUGCAAAACCCGUGAAUCUGCCAUUUGAAUGGAGCUUACCACUUCACACAGCAGCAGUUUGCGUGUAUCCAUCCAAAGUGCAAAAUGUAGUAAAGGCCUUAAAGAAACUGAAUAAAACAAAUGAGAUUAAAGUUGCUAGUGUGGCUGCUGGGUUUCCUUCUGGACAAUAUCCUUUAGAGUCUCGACUGAAAGAAGUGCAAUGUGCUAUAGAAUAUGGAGCACAGGAAAUUGAUAUUGUGAUUGAUCGAUCAUUAGUCUUGGAUCAUGAAUGGUUACAGUUAUAUGAAGAAAUAAAAGCAAUUCGUAACGUUUGUAAUGCGACUGAAAAAAGAAUAUGUUUGAAAGUUAUAUUAUCGACAGGAGAAUUGUCUAAUUAUAAAGAAAUAUAUCAGACAUCUAUGGUAGCUAUGUUUGCUGGUGCUGAUUUCAUCAAGACAUCCACAGGAAAAGAGACUGUCAAUGCUACUUUGAAUGCAGGUAUUGUCAUGUGUAGAGCAAUAAAGGAAUAUGAAAGGCUGACUUGUACAAAGGUUGGUAUUAAACCUGCGGGAGGCAUUAAAACCGCGAGCGAUGCUCUAGAAUGGAUGGUACUGGUCAAGGAAGAAUUAGGAAAUGAAUGGUUGACGAAGGAUUACUUUAGAAUUGGUGCAUCCAGUUUGCUUGACGAUAUUAAGAGGGAAAUUGAUGAUUUAUGUUUAUCAGAGUGCUCAACUAGUCAAGAAUGUCAUAAUUACGCUUUAGAAAUCAAAAAUGAAAAACCUGAAAAACCUGAAAAAACCAAAGGCAAAUCCAAAAAAGAUAAAUCUAAUAGCAAGCUCGAGAAACCUACAUCUUGAAAAGUUAAGUUGUAACAGUAAUUUUUAUAUAGUUUCAUAAAGAUAAUCUUAUACAUAAUUUUUAUAAUUUCUAAAAUAAUCUUUGUCUUAAUAAAAAUAAAGUUAAUUCAAUAUUAAACUUAAUCUAAUUGGUGUUAAAACUAGACACUUCCACAAUUCAUUUUCCAAUUGAUACUGUUGUAAACGUCCCUAUCAAAUAAUACAAGAAUAUUUUUAGAAAAUUUUCCACAGAAAUAAUUAGCAUUUCUUUAUGAACUGUAAGGUAAAAUUGUAAGAUAAACUGCAAGUACAUAUAUAAA